GAAAAUAUAAUAAUAUUAUUUUCACAACUUUUUUUUGAAAAUAUUUUGAGCUGCAUUAAUAAGAAAUGAAGAAAGUACCAUUCUAUAUCUGAGACUAUAAAUUUGCAUUUUUUAUAACUAUGUUACAUUGUGUGGAAUGUCAGACUGCUUUGUUGACGCCGUCGACGCAAAGCACUGGGAAUAACAACGGGUACUUCAUCUGAAUAAAUAAUUAGUAGUAGUUGAAUAUGAACUGUCUUUAUGUUCCACUGUAAGCUUUGACGUUUGAAGCUUUAAGUACUCGACUCAAGGACAGGAAGUUCUUUGAACUGUGUAAAUGUGAAAAUCGAUCUUUUUAAUAGGCAAUGCAUUUGUGACAAUCAUGAGCUAUAUGCCGAAAAGUUGCUGUUUGAAGCUAUCUUGGAAUCAACGCAUAAAGAAAUGCAUUCCCAUCUUAUCAUGGUUGCCAGAGUAUAGCUUACAGGAUUUCAAAGGAGACUUUAUUGCCGGAUUUACAGUGGGUUUAACUGUUGUGCCUCAAGGACUUGCUCUUGCUCAACUUGCCAAUUUGCCACCUCAGUAUGGCUUAUUCUCUGCCUUUAUGGGAAGUUUUAUGUACGCUAUUUUCGGAACCUGUAAAGAUUUAGUCGUAGGACCAACUUCUGUGAUGGCUUUAAUGACUGCUGAAUAUGUUCAAAUGGGGGGACCAUUGUAUGCGUCACUGUUGGCUUUUAUAUGUGGUUGUCUUCAACUUUUUCUUGGAAUCUGUAAUCUAGGCUUUUUAGUAAAUUUUAUAUCAGCACCAGUUUUGAGUGGAUUUACCUCUGCAGCUGCUAUUAUAACAGCUAUUGCCCAAAUAAAGGGUCUUUUUGGCCUGAAAUUCAAAGCUCGAGGCUUUUUGAGCACAGUUUAUCAAUUAUUCCAUAAUAUUUCUCAAACUAAUUUGUACGAUAUGGGUAUGGGGAUAACAUCAAUCUUCUUUCUUCUCUUACUUAGAAAAUUCAAAGAUCAAAAGUUUGCUUGUGGUAAUUGGAUUUCUGGAUCUCAGAAAAGCUUGGAAGCUAUAUGGUGGUCUUUUGCAACAGCAAGAAAUGCAUUGGUUGUUAUUGCUUGUUCGGCAUUCGCUUCUGCAUGUUUGUCUUUGGGAUAUGAUGUUUUUUCCCUCACUCAACGUGUGGAUGCAGGACUUCCAGAAUUUCAUUUUCCGGAAUGGUCAAUUCAUCACUUUGAUCCUCAGUCCAACUCGACCAUAAAUAAAGAUACAUCUGAUGUAUUGUCAGAUCUUGGUUCUGCUGCUAUUGUUAUUCCAUUGAUAUCUUUACUUGAAGCUAUUGCAAUUGCUAAAACAUUUACAAGGGGAAUGAAAUUACAAGCUACUCGAGAAAUGAUAGCCCUAGGAAUGGGAAAUUUAAUGGGCUCAUUUGUAUCAUCAUAUCCAGUCACUGGAAGUUUUUCCAGAUCAGUGAUAAAUCACACAAGUGGCGUUAGAACUCCUUUAGGCGGCAUUAUUUCAGGAACUUUUGUUUUACUUGCAUUAUGCGUGAUAACUCCAUCAUUUCAUUAUAUUCCGAAAUCGUGUCUUUCUGCAAUCAUAUUUUCUGCUGUGAUUUUCAUGAUACAUUUAGAAGAUAUUCCAGCCAUGUGGAGGACUAAUAAGCUGGAGCUCAUUCCAUUUUUUACAACAUUUAUUUGUUCAUUCACACUUGGUUUAGAGUAUGGCCUUUUAUUUGGAGCAGCCAUCUCACUUGCGAUUCUAUUAUACAAGCAAAAUAGACCUGAUGUACCAGUUUCUAUCAAAAAAGGAGAAAAUGGUCAUAUGUUUAUACACGUAACUCCAGAGAGCAGCAUUUAUUUUCCAAGCACAGACGAUUUCAAUGGAACAGUGGCAAAAGCUUUAUAUAGUCUUCCUGAUAUAUCACAGUGUACAGUUAUCAUACAUGGAGAUCACUUAAAAGAACUUGAUUACAGCACAGCAAUGGGCAUCAAAAACAUGGUUAAAAGUUUGGAAAAGGAUAAUAUCAAGGUUCUACUUAAGAUAACUAAGCCUUCAACUAUAAAAGCUUUUAGCUGUUUAGAAGAUUUUGUUUUUAUUUGCAAGCAAGAAGAAGAAUUACAAAAUAUAAUUCAAAGAACAGAGAGUUGUAUAGAAGAACAAGAAAUAGCCGAAAGCUCAAGUGCUGAUAUGUUGUUAGCAAAAGGGGUAUCUCAAGGCAAAAUGGAAGACCAACUGGCAAAUGGAAUAACUGUUGAACUGGACAAUGCAGUUGCGAAAGACCAUGACCGAGAUCUUUAGCACUUAGUUCAAAACGUUCAUUUUGAAUUAUAGUUUUGUUUAUCACCCUGUGAAAGUUUUAUUUUUAUUUGUUAAAUUUUUCAAAUGUUAUUUUUUUUAUGAAGUUUAAAUAAAUUUUUUUAUGCAUAUCAAUGAAUAU